AUGCCGAACAAAAAAGCCAAGUUGCAGCAUCUGCCCACAAAGGCACCAGAAGGGGAUGCUAAGGGGUCUUCUUACUCCAACACGUUUACCAUGGAAGAGAGGAUGUUCAAGAGGUUGAUGAAACUUCGAAAAGAAGCUGUAGUAGAGCAUGUUUAUUAUGACCUGCUUGCAGUUUUUUUAAUGCAGGAGUUUCCAGGGAUUCACAUCGAAGAGAUCAUUACCAUGAUCAAAGAAGCCUUUGAAACUUCACCACCCCAAGUUAUGCUGCAUAAGCAAUACCAGGAUGCGGUUUUACAGGUUGAAAAAACGAUUCUUAAAUAUAAAACCCAUCCACCUUCAGACGAUCCAAUCCCCAAACCUUUCUGCCUCAGAUUUCCAACUCAUGCUGAUGUUUUGAAGCAUGCCAUUUCUCUUGAGGGUCAAUGUCGACUUCUUGAUACCCAGAAAAUGGUGAUUCUGUUGGAUGAAAGCGGAAGGUGUUGCGGAGUUGGGGUCCCACGACUGGAGGAGAAUUUGCUAAGUGUUCAUCCAUCAGCAGAGAAAUCAUGGCCCACAACACCUUACCCACUGAACGAGAGCAACAAAGGAACCAAACGGAUUGCAAAGGGGCUUGAAGAAGACGCCAAAGCUGCUUCAGUAUUGUUUCAAACUUACGGGUACGGGGAAGGUGCUAAAAACUACAAAGGUGUUUCGGAUCUGAAAAUCAAACAUUACAAUAAAAAGAUAGUAGUAUCUCAACUGCAAGGCAUUGAUCCGAUUUGGAAAGAAGAGAAAACCCCCCCUGCUCUUCCAAAUCCGCUCCGAAAAGACCCCCGCCACGAAGUAUUGGACUCUGGUAUAUUUCUGAAAAACAAUAUGGCUUACUACGCAAUCUUGUCCCUUUGGAUCAACAAGGGGUUCUUAUCGCAGGCCAGUGAAGUUGCUGAAAAAGGAGUCAGGUAUCUUCAAAAGUGGGGAAGUGAGCAUCUCAAGGCCAAUUUUUCUAGAGAGUUAAAUCCAAUUGUUGCCUCCCGAACAAUAAGCGUCAAUUUGCAGGUCCAAACCCACUGCGAUUUCAACAACUCGUUUUUAUUUGAUUCGGUUUUCUUCUUUGGGAAUCACAAAGGUGGGGAAUUUAUCCUUCCCUCAUUGGGUGUAGCCUAUUUUGGGGGCUCUGGCUAUUCGUUUCAUGGUCCUAUGAAGAUACUCUGGCAUGGCGUUGGAAAGUUUGGGUUUGAAGAUCACAAGGAAAAACCAAGACAAUUUUCAGUGGCUUUCUGGAGUCGAGCUUCAUCCUUUGCUGCAAUAGCUAGGCAUGAAGCCUAUCGAACUGGAAAUCAGAAACUUAGUGCAUCAUCUUACUGGCUCCCCAUUUAUCCGGUCUAUGAUGGCACAAAAGUUGAAAAGAUCUGGUCAGAUCAAAAGUAUCUAGUUCGUCAGGAACACAAAGAAAUGAAGCAGAAGAAUAAGUUGCCCAAUUAG